GCCGAGGCGGCCGAGCCCCGCUCGCUGCCGUCCCUGCCGCUGUGACUUUAUGGAAGUCAUCAACUGUGGCUGCGGCGCGGCAGUCACCGCCCGGAGCUGCCCGGCGGAGCAGGGCAGGGCUGGCCCGCUCUGAUUUGGGCUUGUGGUCAUUUGCUUGAUGGAGGUUCGACAGCAGAUGGAGAAAUGAGCGAGGCUGCCGGGUCUCGGAGCGUGCCGAGCCCAACUUCUGAGCGGGGAUGGAUGAAAGGGAUGCUGAGGCGGUGUGCAGACACGAGCGGUGAGAGCUGCCAAGGAGCAGAGCCAGAACAGCAGGACGAGCGGAAAGAGAAAGGUGCUGGGAAGGAAGAAGGGAGAAGAAGAUAGGGAAAGAUGGGUUUAAAUGCAAAUGAUUUCUUUUUCUUCCCGAACGCAGCCUCCCGCCCGGGCCGAGGCGGUGGGUGUGGGUUCCGGCUGCUGGAGGAAUAGCUGCUUUUCUUGUCCAGAAGGAAUCGCUCCUGCCCUGUCCCCGCCUGACCGGGAGCCAGGAGGGACACGGGGAGCUCCGCGACAGAGCCCUGGAGUUCAGCCCUGCUUUCCCCCCUGCUCUCUCUCGGCACAUUAGCGUGCAGGGUAGCUCUGGUAUUUAACGGCUCCGUUUGCCCGGGGAGCUCGCACCGCCCUUGCCCAGCCCGCGGGGUGCGAGCGGGGCCGUGCCCGGCUGGGCUGGGCAGCCGGGGCAGAGCAGGGCGCUGCAAGGGGAGGGGGCAGCUCCGGAGACAGGCAGGGAGAGCCUCCGUGUCGGCAGCGAUGAGGGAGAAGCUGUUUAGUCAUCUCUCUAUAUAUACUUUCCCGAUGAUGAUCGCAUUCACUGAUUGCUCCUGACUGCGUGGAGAGAGGGAGGCGAGAGGCAGGCGGCAGAGCUCGCUCCCAUCCCGAGAGCCCGCUCCCCUUCCCUCCCGUUCCCCCAUCCAGCCCACUUCUGGGCUUUCCCUUCCAGAUGGAACUGCUCUGACUGCCAGCAGGUCCCAGCAGCACCCCCAGCCCCACCUCCAGUAACACGGCCCGGCCUCGCCAUGGCAGCAGGAGUGGCAGCGUGGUUGCCCUUCGCCAGGGCGGCUGCCAUAGGAUGGAUGCCAGUGGCCAACUGCCCCAUGCCACUGGCUCCCACGGAGAAAAACAAGAGGCAGGAUGAGCUGAUCAUCCUCAAUGUGAGUGGCAGGCGCUUCCAGACCUGGAGGACUACACUGGAGAGGUACCCGGACACUCUCCUGGGCAGCACGGAGAAGGAGUUCUUCUUCAACGAAGACACCAAGGAGUACUUCUUUGACCGGGACCCCGAGGUCUUCAGGUGCAUCCUCAAUUUUUAUAGGACUGGCAAGCUGCACUACCCCAGGUACGAGUGCAUCUCUGCCUACGACGAAGAGCUCGCCUUCUACGGGAUCCUCCCCGAGAUCAUCGGGGACUGCUGCUACGAAGAGUACAAGGACAGGAAGCGGGAGAACGCGGAGCGGCUGAUGGACGACAACGACUCGGAGAACAACCAGGAGGGCUCCAUGCCCUCGCUGAGCUUCCGGCAGACCAUGUGGCGAGCCUUCGAGAACCCCCACACCAGCACCUUAGCCUUAGUCUUUUACUACGUCACCGGGUUCUUCAUCGCCGUCUCUGUGAUCACCAACGUGGUGGAGACCGUGCCCUGCGGCACCGUGCCGGGGAGCAAGGAGCUGCCCUGCGGGGAGCGCUACGCCGUGGCCUUCUUCUGCCUGGACACGGCGUGCGUGAUGAUCUUCACCGUCGAGUACCUGCUGAGGCUCUUCGCGGCGCCGAGCCGCUACCGCUUCAUCCGCAGCGUGAUGAGCAUCAUCGACGUGGUGGCCAUCAUGCCCUACUACAUCGGCCUGGUGAUGACCAACAACGAGGACGUCAGCGGGGCCUUCGUCACGCUAAGGGUUUUCAGGGUUUUCAGGAUUUUCAAGUUCUCCCGCCAUUCCCAAGGCCUGAGAAUCUUGGGCUACACUUUGAAGAGCUGUGCCUCCGAGCUUGGCUUUCUCCUCUUUUCCCUCACUAUGGCAAUCAUCAUCUUUGCAACUGUGAUGUUUUAUGCGGAGAAAGGGUCCUCGGCGAGCAAAUUCACCAGUAUUCCUGCUUCCUUUUGGUACACUAUUGUAACCAUGACAACACUGGGCUACGGGGACAUGGUGCCCAAGACCAUCGCGGGGAAGAUCUUUGGCUCCAUCUGCUCGCUGAGCGGGGUGCUGGUCAUCGCCCUGCCCGUGCCCGUCAUCGUCUCCAACUUCAGCCGCAUCUACCACCAGAACCAGCGCGCCGACAAGCGCCGGGCCCAGAAGAAGGCGCGCCUGGCGCGGAUCCGCGUGGCCAAGACGGGCAGCUCCAACGCCUACCUGCACAGCAAGCGCAACGGGCUGCUCAACGAGGCCCUGGAGCUCCCGGGAUCCACCGAGGAGGAGCAGCACAUGACUAAAGGCACCUCCUUAAUCGAGAGCCAACACCACCAUCUGCUGCACUGCCUGGAAAAAACAACCGGAUUGUCCUAUCUUGUGGAUGAUCCCCUGUUAUCUGUACGAACUUCCACCAUCAAGAACCACGAGUUCAUCGACGAGCAGCUGUUCGAGCAGAACUGCAUGGAGAGCUCCGUGCAGAACUACCCCUCGUCGCGGAGCCCCUCGCUGUCCAGCCAGGCCGGGCUGGGCUCGUCGUGCUGCUCGCGGCGCCCCAGGAAGAGCGCGCACCUGCCCAACUGCAGCGUGCCCGCCACGCGCCUGCGCAGCAUGCAGGAGCUCAGCACCAUCCACAUCCAGUGCAGCGAGCAGCCCUCCCUCACCACCAGUCGCUCCAGCCUCAACAUGAAGGCGGACGACGGGCUGCGGCCGAACUGCAAGGCGGCGCAGAUCACCACGGCCAUCAUCAGCAUCCCCACGCCGCCGGCGCUGACCCCCGAGGCCGAGAGCCGGCCCGGCCCGGGCAGCCCCGGCCCCGCCACGAACGUUCCCAACAUCGUCAAGGUCUCCGCCUUGUGAGCCGAGCCGAGCCGAGCCGGGCCGGGCCGGGCCGGGCCGGGCCGGGCUGGGGCUGCGCGUCCCGUCCCGCAGCGGGCACGGGCAGGGCUGGCACGGCACGGCACGGCACGGCUGGCACGGCACGGCACGGCUGGCACGGCACGGCACGGCUGGCACGGCACGGCAGGGCUGGCACGGCACGGGCAGAAGCGCUGCAGGCGGAUCCAGCUGUGCCCCCGAGCGCCCGCACAGCUGGAGCGAGGAGGCGGCGCGGCGGAGAGAGGCGGCGGAAUAUAACACUGUGUAUCGCAGCACCUUUUUAGAGGUUUUUAAUGGAUAAUAUUUAUUCACGAGGAAAUGACUGAAAAGGUGAAAAACAAUAGAUUUUGUGAAUUUUUUUUUUCCCCCCUCUUCAUGGAGCAGAACCUUUAAACCGACCAAAAUUUCACUUUUUUUUUUUUUUUUCUUUUAUAGGAAAAGAUUUAGACUAAAGAAGCCACCCGUGAGAGCAGCCCCGCAGGGCUGUGUGCGUGAGUGUGAGUGCAGAGCCGCAGAGGGCACGGCCCUGCAGCAGCAGGAGCCCAGCUGUGCCAGCCCCUGCACGCACACCCACACACACUCCUCCCUCCCUGGAUGCCACCCCCGAUUUAGACUAUUUUGUACCCGCCUUUCCAGUCAAUACAGUGCAAUUGCAAACAGUGUGUUUGUCUGCUAAUUAUUGUCUGUGGAAACAUAUUUGUGGAGAAAAACAAAAACAACAACAACAAAAAAAAGAAGACAGGCUUUAGUAGAGUUUUAGUCCCACCUGGGUAUCUGCUUUCUAUUUUUGUUAUCACUUACUUGUAAGAGUGUGACUAGACUACAGUUCUGUAUUUUUAAAAAGGAAAAAAAACGGUAGGAUUCUUUUUUAAUACUGUGCACACAAUGGCAAAGAAGGAAAGCACUGAACUGAACUGCACCAAGCGCUGCUGAGUCUGGCAGAGGUUCCUGGUAAUGUAUGCCCAUGCUUUUUACUCUUGGUUCCUGUAGAGAAAUUCCUUUGCUAGCACUGGACGUGUAACCCGUUGUAAAUAGUAGCCAAAUAAUGUCUGGAUUUAUACUUGAUGAUAACUAACCCCAGAGCCAAAUGCCUGGCAUGGCCAGAGAGGUGUUUGGCUUUCUCCCGGCCUUAGGGCUCCCUUGUCCCUCCCUGGCUCCUGGGCUGCUUUGAUUUGGGGAUAGACAAGGUCAGCAGUUUCAGUUCUCCAGGCGCAGCGCAGGAUCUGCCUGAGAAGGGGAGCAGGACUGCAGUUUGGAAACCUUUGCUGCCGUGUGCUUCAGACAGCAUUUUCUACUCACAGCUCUCCACUUUGCUUGGGAAGAGUCUGCCCAUGGGCUAACAGCUAACCAAAAACUGAGAACACUGUGUGGCACUCCAGGUGCCUCGUCCCGGGCUGAGCCCUGCUCGGUGCUGGCACCUCCUCUGGCACUUCCCUCCUCAAAGGGAAUUCAUGCCUGAAACACAGCUGGUCCCCUGGCAAGAGCAGCUCUCUCCUGCCUCUGUGCCCUCCUGGAGCCCCUUUCCCAGGGGAUCCAUGCAGGGCAGAGAGGAGCAUCCCCUGCCCUGUCCCAGCCUGGCUGCUGCUCCCCGGUGCACAAACCUCCCAGCAGGGCUCUGCUCUGAGCAGGGAUUUUACCAACUUCAGAGCUGAGGGAACGGCUCAAAGGAGUGUUUGAGGCUGCUUCAGCAAAGGGAUGAUGUCUUUUUUAACAUCUGCCAUCGCCUCUCCCGAUGUAAUAUUUAUCUGCGCAUAUACACACACAUAUAGCUAAUUACAGACACACACGUGUAUAGAUAAUUAAUGCUGAUGACACAUAGGAGCUGCACCCUGCUUUGGCAGCCCUCCUGCUGUGUGAGUGGUGGCUGCUGCAUUGACUCAAUACCCCCCUUAGAACCCUGCCACAUCCCAGGAGCCCCAGGGCUAUGGCUGAGCCUCCAGCAGCUGCACCAGCUUCCAGCCAGUUGUUCCAGGGCUGCAAUAUGUUACCCAAAACUAUGUUUAGUCCUGUUUUGAAAGAUUUAAAUGCUCUGCCUUUUGCUGCUUCCUGUAGGAGGUUAUACUGCAGUUAAUCUUACCAUUACUGAGGUUUUUUCCGAUGUUUUAAUUUAGUUUUUGCUUUGUUUUCAUUAACUGCUAUCAUCUGAGUGCCCCUGCCCUUCUGGAUCAGAGGCCUUGCUCUCCACCACUUGCCACCUUUGCAACCUCCUCUCCCCUGGCACAGAGUGAGGGUGAAAUGCCCCGUGCUGACAGGGGAUGGGAAGAAAAUGACAGAGUCAGGGAUUGCCCGUGGAUUCUUGGUGCUGCCUUUCUUACUCCUGAUCCAGCGUGGAGUGCUGCACUUCACAGCUCUGUCUGUAAAUAUCGUGGCAGCCCUCGCCCUGCUGGGCUUUCAAUCACUGUCAAACUUUUUGGAAAAGGGAGUACAACACUCAGUUUUAAGAGGUUAAACAGGAGGAAAGGCAGUUCCAGAGUUUCUGGCUGCUGCCUGGGCUCCGGUUGCCACGGCCUCUGUUUGCUUCCACAGAACAGGAAUUGUCAUCCUGAGCCACGGCUGUGCCUCUGCCACGAGCGGGGCUGGUGCUGCCCACGCUGUCAGCACAGGCUCUCAGGGGUAAAAACACUGAUUUAAGGAAGCCUGAGCCUAGAGGAACAGGGCUAAAAGUGUUUUAAUGGAGGCAUUAUGUCUCUUUAUCAUCUGGAGUCGCCCAAGUAAAGCGUCCAAAAGCACCUGGAACUGCUCUGUGAGAACCAGGGGAGCACUGUGCGCCUCUGGGGGCUGCAGGGACGGGGAUCCAAACCUGGAAAGGACAGAGAUCCACCUCUGGACAGGGAUCCAUCCUGCAGGGACAGGGAUCCACCCCUGGACAGGGAUCCAUCCUGCAGGGACAGGGAUCCAUCCCUGGACAGGGAUCCAUCCUGCAGGGACAGGAAUCCAUCCCUGGAAGGACAGGGAUCCACCCCCGCAGGACAGGAAUCCAUCCCUGGACAGGGAUCCAUCCUGCAGGGACAGGAAUCCAUCCCUGGACAGGGAUCCAUCCCUGGACAGGGAUCCAUCCCUGCAGGAGCAGCAGGGCACCCCUAGUUUGGAAAUGGGGCAGCAGAGCAAGGAGCUGCCCCACAGCCCCUGGAUACUGACCCAGGGGCAGAGGGGCCUCCCCAGACUGGAAUCCUCAAACAGCCCCAAGAACAGCCCAAGAACAUCCCCAAAACAGCCCAAAACCAGCCCUGGGACUCCUGAGCAGAGCCCCACCUGGAGCACGUGGCUCGUCCCCAGUGCCCCCAGUGCCCCCAGUGCCCCCCUGCCUCACCAGCACCCAGCCCUCCUGGCACACCCACCCUGACCCACAAACCAGCCCCUGGCACUGCCCCCUCCUCCCAUUCCUUGAGAUUUUAUUUAUAGUUCUAGAGAAGCUCCUUUAAAAGAAGCAAAAAUGGGUUCUUUGUACAAAAAGCAAGUGGAAGGGCGUUAUUUUUUCAGAUUUUCCUGAAGCAAUAUAAAAAUAUCAAAGGAGCAACUCCUCUUUCUGAGCAUUUUAUUUCCUUUCCAAAGCUUUUUCUGAAGGAAAGGUAUUUUCACAGAUUUUCAGCCUAUGCUAUCAAUAGAUUUCCUGUCCUCUCACCUGGCACUGAGCUGCUAACAGGAUUCACGCCCAGCUGGCAGCAAAUGAUGAAAAAUACUGUCACACACUGGCUUUGACUUCCACUGACUCUUUCUAAAAGCCACCUUUUCCUUUCAGUUUCCUUAAAAAGACAACCUAAGUAACACACAUGGCUUCAGUGUGGAACACAGCUCAUGGAUAAUUCCAAAUACAUCUUCCUUUAAUUGGCCAGAAAGACCAGAUUAAAUCAAUGCCACUUGUUUAACCUAAACCUGUUGCUAAUACACUUGUACUGUAACCCAGCAUUGUCAUUCCCGUCUAGACAGCUUAAGGUGUGUGCAUGAAAAUCAGAUUAAUACCAGCAAAAGAAAGCAAAUUUCCUUCAAGAGUUUGCUUUUUUAAGUAAAGAGGUGGCAAACAUGUUGCAUCUUACAUGUAUUGUAAAGAAAAUCCAAGAAAUUAAAAAUCACAUUUCAUUUAUGUGUUGCCACAUCCCUUGGACUUUGUAAUAUUUCAGUCAGUUGGACUGAGGCAGAGUUGAAGUCAGCACUUGUGGAGAGCUGGUGAACAUCCACAGCUUUGAACUGCAAGCUCAAUUCUGCUUUUAAAGUCAGGAGAAACACCUUUUCCUCAUCACCCACCAUCCAGUCUAUCUCAGUAUUUUGUUUCACAACUCUUGUUUUUCUCCAGCUCUUGGAGCCAACUGCAGUAGAUCCAUGGGUUCAGAGCCCGAGCUUUCAGGCUUUGCAUUUGCCAAAAACGCUGUCCAAGUGAUUUCCUCUCUCAGACUGUGACAGCCAAGGGAAGGCAGGGAACGUCAGGAGCUGAGCUGCAGCAGCCUGGGCUCUGCUCCUCAAUUCCUGAGCCAUCACCAAGUGACCUCGAAGUCCUUUCACCUCUCUGGCCAUCCUGCAGAGCAAGGAGCAGCUCCUGGUGCAGCGAGUGCAGCUCAGCUCCCAGAGCCCAGAAGGCCCCAGGGAAUUCUGGAGCCGGAGCUGCUGCUGAGCUCAGGGGCAGAGCCUGGGCCAGAAACCCUCAGAACGAGAGAGCAGGUGGCAGAGAGCCUGUGCACGUCCCUCCUGUCCCAGUCGGGUCUGUCCCUGUGUGUGUGUGUGUCCCUGCCCUCCUGGGCUGGAGCAGGGCUGCUCCCGAGCCCAGGCCAGCGCUGCUCCCACCUCAGCCCCCACGGCAGCUCCCAGGGGCUCCUCGGACCAACCAAGUCUCCAAAAAGGGUGGGAUGGUCUAUUUUUGAUAAACCAGUACGGCAUUCCAAUGCAACGGUGUUUUCUUUAGGAGUUCUAUGUCGUAAGAAGCUCUCAACCUGAUUCUUUUCUAUUUUCCUACUUUAAAUGGGCUUUGCUUUACAAAUGGCAGAGGUCAGACACGAAAUGUACUGGACACAACUGCAGGUAGCUUCACUCGAGAACAACUUUCUAGAAGAACCAAGUUUCCUGUUGUCUUCUUUUGGAAUUGUAGUGCAUCUGUUGAAACUUGUAUAUCAUUUACAGUAUUGAGUCUUGUGCCACUGCUGUACCUGAUGUAUCCAACCCGGAUUAAACAGAGUAUGUGCCACAAAUACCAA